AUGGCGUCGCCUCUCAGAGCCACCGCCAGCAGCGGGCGUCUCCAGCAGCGGUCACCAACGACACACGCCGUCGUGCCUCUCGACCAACCGCUGCUGCCCUUCCGCCUAUCAUCUCCGCUCGACUCCACCGCGUCAGUGCGCGCCGACGACUCGACGGCGUCGCUACGAACAGCGAUAGAUGACGAACUUCUGUCGCUCGAAGGCCACGUGUCGCGAGAGGUGGAAGAAGGGCGGUGGAAUCGCGCGCACGCGUCGCCUACGAUCCGCCCAUCCCCGCCGUCCGUCCCCGCCCGCCUGCCAUCCUCGCAAUCCCGCUGGCCGCCACACCGCCUUCCCGCUCGCACCGCGUUCGUCGCCCUCGUCGCCCUCCUCGCCGCGCUGCUCGCUGGCGGCUCGCUGCUGCUCUCGCGGUCGCCGCUGCCGCCGCUGAGCGACCUGCUUGCGACCACCGGCGACACAGGCGACAGGCCCCCAGACGACACAGUGAGAUCUGACCUGCUGGCGCAGAAUGGGAGGGCGGGUGAUCGGCUGGUAGCGAGUGCGAUGGAGGGUGGUGAGGAGGAUGGGGCCAGCGGUGAGGAGGAUGGCGCGGAGAGGCUAGAAGCGGAGGAGACGAGGCGCAGGGAUAAGGAGGGGGACGCUGGCGCAAGAGGGGAGGCGGAUGGGGUGGUGGGCGGAAAGGAGGGCGAGGGCGGAAAGGAGGGUGUGGGCGGAGGAGAGGGUGUGGGCGGAAAGGAGGGUGUGGGCGGAGGGGAGGGAGUGGGCGGAGGGGAGGGUGUGGGCGGAGGGGAGGGUGCGAGUGGUAGCGAGGGGAUGUUGGAAAGAGAAAAGGGCGUUAUGCCAGAAGAGGACGCGGAGGGAAGCAGGCAGGGCAGCAGUGGUGGGAGAGAUAAAAUGCGAUUCAGGGAGGCAGGAGGUCAGGAGGGCAGCGAGGGAGAUGAGGAGAGCAAAUCAAAGAGGAGCAAGGAGAGGCGAGGGGAGAGGCGGGCGGGUAGGAGAGACGAGAGGAGCAGUCAGGAUGAGAGUGCAGGGCGGGCAGCAGCAGACACCACCACCCGAGACAAUGUGACUGUAGCAAACUCGACUCGAGCACAAGUCACUCAAGGCAAUGUGACUCAAGGCAAUGUGACUCAACGCGAUGUGAAUGAAGGCAACGUGACUGAAGGCGAUGCGAGUGAGCAGCAGGAGGGGGCGAGUGCAGCAGCUCCGGCAGCCAGCGCUACACGUCGUGCAGUGCCGAACCCCUCAGCACCAUCACGAGGUGUGCCCCCCUCCUCCCCUGCCCCCCUGCCCUCGGACCCCCUGCCCCUCGGUCCCCCUGCUUCCCUGCCCCUCUGCCCCCCUGCGCCUCUGUGUUGUGCCACCCUCUCCCCCACCUUGGCUUCGCUGCACCCUGGAUGCGACCUGUCACAGGGCACAUGGGUACCCACCACGCGCCCACCGCUCUACUCAGGGGCCAACUGCUCGUGGCUGAGCCCGCAGUGGGCGUGCCGCAGGGCCGCUGACCGCCCCUCCUUCCACCACGAGGCGCUGCUCUGGCGCCCCUCGCACUGCGACGUGCCGCCCUUUGACCCGCUUGACUUCCUUGACCGCCUGCGCCACCGCGCGCUGGCCUUGGUGGGGGACUCUCUCGCGCAGCAGCAGUUCCAGUCGCUGCUCUGCCUGCUCGCCUCUGCUGCGCCAGGGGCCACGGAGGACGUGGCGGGCGAGUGGGGGUUUGUGAACCUGGCGGUGAGGAGCAAGUACAAGCGCAUGCGCCCCACCGGCUAUGCCGUGCGCUUCCCCGCCACCAACACCACCAUCCUCUUCUCCUGGUCCUCCUGCCUCUGCAAGGUGGGACGCACGCUUGAGGGCACGGAGAGGGGCUUGUGUUGGUGUCAGUCCAUCCACCCGUCCUGGUCCAGGGUGUGCAUGACGUGGCAGUGGUCCGCCCCACCCCCUGCACUUCCCAUGCUGCUCUGUUGCUGUGUGCCCCAUACUCUGCUUGCCCACUCCACUCCGCUCCCCUGCUCGCUCAUCCCUGUUGUACCCCUGCCCUCCUGCUCCCUGCCCUCCUGCCUCCUGCCCCCUGCCCUCUGCCCCCUCCGCCCCCCUCAGAUAGCGUACUACAACGAGAGUGACAAGCUGGAGGGCGGGGCGGCCAUGCACGUGGACCAGACCGACGACUUCCUGCAGACGCACCUGGGGCGGCUGGACGUGGUCGUCAUGAACAGUGCUCACCACUGGAGCAGGGGCAAGGUGCGCGAGAGCAAGUGGGACGUGCACAUAGCAGGGCAGCCCGUGAACAUCGAUGACCCUCAGCUGCUCCUUGACGUGCGUGUCAAUGCGCCACCGCUGCCACACGCACACCACACAGACAACAGCAGCAGCAGCAGCAGCAGCAGCAGCAGCAGCAGCAGCAGCAGCAGCAGCAGCAGCAGCAGCAGCAGCAGCAGCAGCAGCAGCAGCAGCAGCAGCAGCAGCAGCAGCAGCAGCAGCAGCAGCAGCAGCAGCAGUGAGGGCGAGAGCAGUGAGGCGGCCACUGGGGGCAGCAGGGUGCGCAUAGAGGGCAGCAGGGUGCGCAUAGAGGGCAGCAGCGGCAUCAUGCACGCGCUGCAACGCAUCGCCCUGCGCUCCACCAUGGCCUGGCUGCACCGCCACGUGGCAGCCAUGGGGAGGGAAGAGGGCGAGGGUGCUACAGGGCAGGCACAGGAGGCACAAGGGGGCGAGGGAGGAGGAGGGGAAGUCGUCGGUGGGGAGGGUGGGGCAGGUGCAGCAGAGGAGGGCGGUGGCAGCAGCAAGGGGGUGCGGAGGGGGGGGAGGGCGCCAUUGCUGCUGCUGCGCACGGCAUCGGCGCGGCACUUCUUUGACGGCGAGUGGAACACCCGCGGCCACUGCGACCACAAACGUGAACCCCUAUCCCUGGCAGCCGUGCUGCCGCUCAACUCAUCACGCGACCCGGCAGCAGAGCAGGCGGUGGCGGGGCUGCCGUCCCUGCACCUGCUCAACACGUCGCACCUGUCGUCGUUCCGCCCCGACGCACACCCGUCCCAGUGGGGGUACCUGCUGGACGCCGCCCACCAGGACUGCCUGCACUGGUGCCUGCCGGGCGUGCCCGACACCUGGAACCAACUCGUGUACGCUCACAUGCUGCUCCGGGACAUGCACGAGGUGGGAGAGGAGGGGGGUGUGAGGGAGGUGAAGGGUGAUGGAGGGGAGAGAGGGGCGGAGGGAGGCGUCGGGGUGACGAAGAGGGGAGAUGAGAGGGCAGAGAAGGAAGGUGCCAACAACUAG